AGAUGGGCAUCUUGGAACACUGGUGUUUUUAUUUGCAUCAGAUGUGCUGGAAUACAUCGAAAUCUUGGGGUCCAUAUAUCAAGGGUCAAAUCUGUCAACUUGGACCAAUGGACACCAGAGCAAAUACAGUGCAUGCAGGAAAUGGGAAAUACUAAAGCAAGACUACUCUAUGAAGCUAAUCUACCAGAGAAUUUCCGAAGACCUCAAACAGAUCAAGCUGUGGAAUUUUUCAUCAGGGAUAAGUACGAAAAGAAGAAGUAUUAUGAUAAAAAUGCAGUUAAUGCCUUCAAUAUAUCCUCUUCUGACGCUGCUCAGCCUUUGGCAUCCUCUCCUUCUCUGCAAGCUGCUGCUGAGAAGAGCAAAGCAGAGAAGGAAAAAGAAAAAAAGAAAGAUGAGAAGAAGAGAGAGAGAGAAUCGGAAAAACCAUCAAAACAAUUAGCAGUUGAAAAGCCACAGAAGAAAGAAGAUCAGCAAUCAGAUGCUAAAGCAAGUCCAAAAAAGUCAUCAGAACCCACUAUUGACCUUUUAGGACUUGAUGGUCCAGCUGAAGCAUCAGUUACAAAUGGAGGCACUGCUGCUGUCACAGCACUGAAUGAUGACCUGGAUAUCUUUGGCCCAAUGAUCUCUAAUCCUUUACCAGCAGCUGCUGUACCUCCUGCUCAGAGCACUUCCACCAAACCAGCAGCUGCCACCUUGUCUGCGGCGUCCGGGGAUCUUGAUCUGUUCACUGAGCAAACAACAAAAUCCGAAGAGUCAGCAAAGAAACAACUCUCCAAAGACUCCAUCUUAUCACUGUACGGCACAGGAACCAUGCAGCAGCAAAAUGCUCCGGGUAUGUUCAUGGGGUCGUCUUCUCUGCCAUUUACCACACAACCGUCAACUCACUUUCAAGGCUUCCCAGCCAUGGGAGUUCCUGUGCCUGCAGCAACUGGGAUGAUGGGAAACAUGAUGGGACAGUCGGUGCCAGUCAUGGGACAGAGCGCAGGCGUGAUGGUAGGGAUGGGAAUGCCCAAUGGAUUUACUGGUCCUACACAAACUGGUGCGAUGGGACUUCCUCAAAAUGUCGUUGGACCUCAAGGUGGAAUGGUGGGGCAGAUGGUCACGCCACAAAAUAAGUACGGAUUGCAACAAACCCAGCAAGCUCAGUGGAACCUCUCUCAGAUGAAUCAGCAAAUGGCUGGAAUGAAUCUCAGCAGUUCCGGCGCAGCGAUGGGCUUUGGCCAGCCCCCCAGCACGGCGGCGGGAUGGACGGGGAGCUCUUCCGGUCAGACGCUCAGCACGCAGCUGUGGAAGUGAGGGUUGCAAGAGAAGUCUCACCCAGAACAGCCACCUAACAUUCCUCCUUCAAAUUGCAUUUACUUUCGCUGUUCCUUCCAUGUACAUACAUUCUUUUUCUUUUUCCCCAGCUGUUCAGAUUAAGAAUUUAACUGACUGACCGUGUCGUGGUCUCUAUUGAUUUAAAUUUGAUGUAGUGAAAAGCAGAUCAAGAAUACAUUUAUACGUCAUCGGCAGCGUUUUCAUACAGUGCAUAUGAUUUCACAGACCGUAUAUUUAAGAAGCUGCUUAACCACAUAACUGAUUUUUUUUCCCUCAAAAUUCUAGAUGAAAUGUUUGCAUAUAAGGGAUGUAGCUAUCAUGUUAGUAAUAUCCAAAAAUACGAACCCUGACCCCCCAAAACUACCCAGUAAUCCUGUAGAAGGUACUGUAUGAACAAAUGUUUAAUCAUAUAUAAAUAGAAUGUAAAUGUAUCACUGAGCAAUGUUUUCUAGUGUACCAAACAAAUUCUGUUUCAUCAUACAUUUCACUGUGAUGUUACUAUGGUGUGCAUAACAGGGAAUACGGUUAUUGAAAGGAAGAUAAACCUGGAUGUUGCUGUAGUUCUACAAAUCAAUAGUUUAUUCUUUUAAAAAUGAGCAUUUGAUCCAUUUGAGUUUCCCGUGAUGAAGUAUCCGGCCUGGCUCACGAGGCACGCACGCAGUAUUAACGCUGAGAACCAGCGGCACAGUUCGUACGCACGGCGACUCGGCGUGGGCAGAUGUGUUCCCCCUUGCAGAGAUAUCCAGGUUUAUGACAGUGAUUGUGUUUACAUUUUAUG